AUGCAAAUACUUAAAUAUAAGAUUGAUAAUCAUGCAACUGGAAAAUUAAGAGAAAAUGAAAAAUUAAAUGGUGAACAUGAAACUUAUAUUCUUAGUCAAUCAACAGAAAAUCAUGGAAAACUUGAUUAUUACAUAUUUAAAUGUUUUCAACAGAUUCAAGAAGCAAGUGGAUCCGAUGAACUACUUCUUCAAUUUUGGUUUUAUAGAGCAACAAAACAUGAUUUAAAAAAAUUUGCACAAAAUGAUCCAUGGGUUAAAUCAGGAAUUAUUAAAGAUUGGAAUAUUGAUUUAUUAGUUUAUACAUCUGAUCCUGCAGAUAAAAAUCAAAAUUCUCGAAGAAUUUUCAGAAGAUUAUUAUCAACUUCAAAAACAUUUCUUCAUAUGAAUAUUUCGAACUAA